AUGAAAGCCAUCGUACAGCGUGUUUUGUCCGCCUCAGUGGCGGUGGACAACGAGGUUAUCUCGUCAAUUGGGAAGGGCCUCCUCGUCCUCGCUGCUGUCGCUCCAGGCGACACUGAGAAAGAUGCCGAGAUUCUUGCAAACAAGGUGGUGAAGCUCAAGAUGUGGGAUGAUGACACCGGCGGCAGAUGGAAGAAAACGGUCCAGGACAUUGACGGAGAAGUCCUCUGCGUAUCUCAGUUCACACUGUUCGCCAAGAUAGUCAAGAACAAGCCCGACUUCCGUCUUAGUGCGCCGGCCGAAGAUGCUAAGAAGCUCUACCAUUACUUUCUGCAAAAGGUGCAAGAAAGUUACGCGGCGGACAAGAUCAAGGACGGCCGAUUUCAGGCCAUGAUGGCCGUAUCUUCGACUAACGACGGCCCGGUUACGUUUGAACUAAACACAGAGCCUGUGCAGAAACCUUGA